AUGCAAGGCAAAAUCUUCCUACCUACUAGCUCACCAUGUGAUCACCUGCCCUUUAAAACCUCACCUCUAAACCCUAGCUCACCGUCGAAGUAUAGUGUUUUACUUGUAAUUACUAGCACAGUUGCUGCUGUGAAGUCGAAGCAGCUGUACUAUUUAACAUUCUUAUGCUUCCCAUGCAAUAAAUACCGAACUUUUGUUAAGGCCGUUGAGGAAGCCACUGCUGAGCUGGACACUUUGGGUGAGGAGUCUUACAUAGAUAGCACUCUCAUCAUGCAACUGCUGAGGGACAAUCUCACCCUUGGGACUUCUGACAUGCAGUUAGUAAAUAUUAUAUCCUUAAUUGGAAUACUUUCUUCUAAAUAG